CUUUUAAGUAAGUUUAUGAAUUUAUUUGUUAAAAUAUUUUGAGUUUUUUGUUUCCUUCUUACCGGCAACGGCAAAAAAGAAAAACAACAGGAACAGGACGAAGAAAAUGGGAAAGGAGAAAGACGAAAAUGGAACGAACGAUGAUCCGAUAAGUAAUUAAUAGGGUUUCUGUUUGUUGUAUAAACAGAUUAGGGUUUUAAGGGUAGCUGGUAAUGAGUUCCAUAAGCUUAUUAGUUGCAGAAACCAUAUGGAGCCAUAUGGAAUCGACACGUUCAGUCAGUGAUGAACAGCUCUCGAUUUUGCAUACUUUAUUUGGUAAAAACUUGGAGAGAGCUACAAGGAUUGUGGAUCAAAAGGGCGUCAAGAAGAUAUCGGCAGAAACCAGUGGACGCUCCAUCUUCCAGAUAAUUGGGGAAUCGAAGAGGAAGGAAGAAUACCUGUGUUUCCCACAACACUAUUGUGGAUGCUAUUCAUUUUUCUAUGACAUUGUGAAUAGAGGAGAACAGCUUUAUUGCAAACAUCAAUUGGCUGCUAGACUUGCUGUGUCUCUGGGUACAUGUGAUGAUGUGAAGGUGUCUGAUGAGCAGCUGGCACAACUCCUCGCUAAACUCUAACAGAGCAAGAAGUUGCUCAUCUAGAUUGCUAUAUACAGUAAUUGGUAAGCAAACAAGUCUCAAUUCUACUUUGUUAGUCAGGAAUCGGUUUCAUAACCAUUGAAGUUUACAUAUUCUAUUACUUGCUGCAUCUUAAUUCUUGGUACAUGUAAAGUAAUAAUAGUUGGGUGCUAUUCUUUCUUACUGGUAAUGUCGUUGGCCAAACUAGACGUCGAUUUACGUAGCCAAGAAGUUUCAACAACUGGGUAAUGGAUAGUUGUAGUGACUCUUCAGUCUUGGUUUUUGGUCUAAAAUGAUUU